GGCGAAAUGAGAUAGGCAACUCAUUCAUUCAUCUUAUUUACUAGCUUACUUACCAUGAAUGAAACCUACAGUAAUUGUGAUGAAAUUUUGGACCGAAGAACACGAGAUUUUGAACCACAACAGCACCUACAUUAGGAACUAAGACAAUUUCGAUUUUCGAGGAAGUGUUAUUCAAGAAUCAGAAUCAGAAUCUGUAUCAGUCUUAGCAUCUGCUUCCAAAAAUGGUGGCUGGAUCCUGUUCGUGUUGGCUUCUAAAGGCGGGAGAUCGUCGUACUCUUCUUCAUCAUUGGAAUUGAGCUCGUCUACUUCACGGCUUGGGACUUUUGCAUUAGAGCUUCUACCAUUGGUAUAGUCCACAGUUGUAGACCUGAAAAUUUCUGGCCUGAAGAGAUUUCUGCAGUGUACGGAGUUGUUCGUGGAAGAGAACCUGGGAAACAAUGCAGGUCACUUUGCUGCCUGACUCCAUCGCCUUUUCCUUCGCACUGUCGUCCACUAUGACAAAGCUCCCUGCCAAUCAACAAUGCUCUUCUGAAACUUAGCUGGAAACAAAGCCAAGGACUUCUCCCCAUUUGUGCCCACUACCUCGAUAAGGUUGGAACCUCGAAGAGAUAAAACCUGCAUUAUGCUUUGCCCACCUUGAAGUGUGAAGUCAUGUUCCUUUGCUGCUGCCCUCUUCAAAUUCUUCCUUCCUCCCUUCAUCUUUCCUUCACCAAGCUCACCAACUGGUAGCUGAAGAAAAGGCAGAGAAAACCCAAGCAAUAACCUGGAGUAACAGGAGUGACUGUGAUCUGGGUAGGGAAAACAGCAGCAGCAGAAGGAGAGGAGAACAGUUGGGGAGGAAAGAAGGGAAAGUAGUUUAGUUUGUUAUUAGGGUAAAAUAUAUUCGUCCCCUGUUUCGGAUUUCUCUGCCAAAACACAAAGCAGUCCACGAAGUUCUAAAAACAGAUAAAUAAAUCGGCCGAGGCUGAAUUACAGUUCAGCCCUCUACUACUCGCGGCACGAACGAAGAUUGAAGCGCCGGCGGGCGGCGAUUGGAUUGCUGGUGGGGUUUCCGCUCGAGUUCAACAGCCAAAAGAGGUCUCAAGUAAUUGGGAAGUUUGGAGGUCACUUUGAGCAGAGGAUCAAAAAGGGUUUUGAGGUUUAGCCUGCCCUGCCCCCCAUGCUGCACUCCAUUUGCCAUCUCCAGGUUCCUUUAUUUGCUUUUGCAGUGCAAUUCUACUUCUUCUGCCAUCCGAAUUCCUUGCCGAUUCGGGUUCCUCGUACCGCUUGCCCAUUCAAUGGAGAAAGAAACCACUUGAAGAAUUGACAUUCGUGGUUUGUUUGCCUUCACAACAGAAUAUCAAGCACUACUUAGCACAGUCAUGGGCAGAAGGAAGCAAUCCCGGCCUCAUCGGUCUGGUGGUUUGGUUAUAGAACCUAGUAAGGCUGCUGGGUCUGGAUCAGGAUUAGAUAAAGGAAAGUCAAUUGAAGCUGAUGCCACGGAACUGGAGCAAGGACUUCCAUUAGAUAAGCCCUAUUAUGUUGAAGUGGAUAAGAGUGACUGGAUUUCGGUCGAGCACCUUGAUCUCUCUGAAGUUGUUCUAAGUAAUUUGUCUCUAAGUCAAGAGUAUCCUACUUUUGUUAUAGAUCAAGACUUUUACCAGGAGUUGAAGUACUCCUUCAGAAUAUGCGUUGGCGAUGUUGAUGAUAGCGACCUUAAUCGUAUUAAGUUAGGUCAUUGGCCUGUGGUAUCUUCUGAUGAAGUGAGGUUGGAGAUUGUCGAGAAAAGUAUUGCUGAGGACGGAGAAAAUGAAUCUCUAGUCUUAUCAGGGCGUUUUGAUGGUCCAGAUGAAGGUGUUUCUGGUCUUGUUCACUUAAUAAGUAUGAAGUUCGUGACACUGAGGCCAGUUCUAGGAUCUAAAUGUUCAGAGGAGACGAGGACCAUAAGGAUCAGAGUUGAAAUGGUGAAGGACGCUUUUGAUGCUUGUGAAUCACUUCUGGAAUAUAACAGGCAGGUCUGGAAGAAGAGUAUGAUGAACGUGAUGGGUUGGCUGAGACCAGAAGUGAUGACUUCUGAGGCUAGAUAUGGAGUGACUGAAUCCAUGGAAGUGGACGUCAAUAGAAUCAUGGAGAUUGAACAUGACUGUAAUACCUCCAGGAAGCGUGCAAGGUUUGAUGUUGCAGGAUUUUAUGAAGCCAUUAAGCCAUCCAAGUUGGAAAAGAUGCUAGAAGAUGAAUUGCCUGACUUGCUUCCAGUUCUUAGACCCUACCAGCGCCGUGCAGCAUUCUGGAUGGUGCACAGAGAGAAAGGUGAUGGUGAAGAGGAAAGAAGUAAAUCUUUUUCUCCACUGAGUUUGCCAGUGAAUUUUCUUGACAGAUGCACAAGAAUGUUCUACAAUCCAUUCAGUGGCAAUAUUGCACGUCAACCAGAAUAUUCCUCACCACCAAUCUUGGGUGGAAUUCUUGCUGAUGAGAUGGGUUUGGGGAAAACUGUGGAAUUGCUUGCUUGUGUAUUUGCUCAUCGUCGAACUGAAUAUGAUGAGGAUAAUAUGAUUGAUAUUGAACAAACAGAUGCUGAGAAUGAAAAGGUUCUUAAAAGAUUGAAAAGAGAGCGAGUGGAGUGCAUUUGUGGAGCCGUAACUGAAAGUUACAAGUAUACGGGACUUUGGGUACAAUGUGACAUAUGUGAUGCUUGGCAACAUGCAGACUGUGUUGGUUACUCACCAAAAGGAAAACGAAAGAGGUCAACUAGUGUUUUACAAAAACACAGAAAGAAGACCACAAUCAGCUUUGUCGAAAGAGAUGGUCAACAUAUUUGUCAGAUGUGUUCGGAACUAGUUCAAGCUACUGACUCUCCCGUUGCUACUGGCGCCACUCUUAUUAUUUGUCCGGCUCCUAUACUGCCUCAGUGGCAUGCAGAAAUUAUCCGGCAUACACGUCCAGGCUCCCUAAACGUUUGUGUCUAUGAGGGUGUUCGAGAGUCAUCUCUUUUGAAUACAUCGGCAAUUGGUAUUGAAGAACUCGUCUGUGCAGACAUUGUGCUAACCACAUAUGAUGUGCUUAGAGAGGACUUGUCACAUGACUCUGAUCGGCACGAAGGUACCCUGUUACUCCAACUCUUCUUACCAGAAUAUUUUGGUGGAGGCUUUGCUUGGACGAGGCACAAAUGGUGGAGAGUAAUGCUGCAGGUGCCACAGAGAUGGCCCUUCGACUGUCUGCUAAGCAUCGUUGGUGCAUCACUGGGACACCUAUUCAGCGCAAACUUGAUGACUUACAUGGACUUCUAAGGUUCCUUAAAGCAAGACCCUUUGAUGUCUCGAGGUGGUGGGUUGAUGUCAUGAGAGACCCAUAUGAGAGGCAAGACAAAGGGGCUAUGGAGUUUACACACAACUUCUUUAAACAAAUAAUGUGGCGAUCUUCCAAAGCACAUGUUGCAGAUGAGUUGCAACUUCCGCCUCAGGAAGAGUGCCUAUCUUGGCUUGCUCUUUCAGCAAUUGAGGAACAUUUUUACCAGAGACAGCAUGAAACAUGUGUGAGUUAUGCCCGUGAAGUUAUAGAUAGUUUGAAAGCUGACAUUGUCAAAAGCGAAGCUUCUGAUGGCAUAUCUUCUAACAGUUUGACCAAUCCAUUCAUCACCCACACGGAAGCUGCAAAGUUACUAAAUUCUCUCUUGAAACUUCGUCAAGCUUGCUGCCACCCUCAAGUUGGAAGUUCUGGAUUACGUUCCCUACAACAAACUCCCAUGACAAUGGAGGAAAUAUUACUGGUUCUUGUGAGUAAGACCAAGAUAGAAGGGGAGGAAGCUCUCAGGAAGUUAGUAGUUGCUUUAAAUGCCCUUGCAGGGAUAGCUAUUAUCAAUCAAAAUUUUGGUGAAGCUGUAAAGUUGUACCAAGAAGCAUUGGCUCUUACUGAUGAACAUUCUGAAGAUUUUCGUGUGGACCCGUUAUUGAACAUUCACAUUCAUCACAAUUUGGCCGAGGUGCUUGUAAAGGAACCCGGACUCUCUUCAGAGAACUGUUCUCAUGGAGACCAGCGUAAAUGUUCUGAGAAUGUCUUCAAGGUUCACGAUAUUGGAAAAUGCGAUCUGAGUUCUGUUGAGAAGAAAAAUAUCGGAGUAGAUUCUGAGAUCACCCAUGCUUCGAAUUUAUUUGAGCCGUCAAAGAAUUGCUUAAAUUCUGACCAAGAAAGUGAGAACUUCAUGGCCUCUAGAUCCUUCAGUGAUAACUCUCUGAGAAUAACAUGCGAGAGUUUGAAAAAGAAGUAUCUGUCUGUGUUUAGUUCAAAGCUCUGUGUGACUCAGCAAGACUUCCGAAAAUUAUACGUGCAGGUUGCUAACGAGUUCGGCGAUUCAAAAGAUGAACAUUCAUUCUGGUGGUUGGAUGCUCUUGAUCAUUCUGGGCAGAACGAGGGCAUAUCAAAUGAACUACUAAAAAAGAUUGAAGAGGCCAUCUCAGGAAGUCGAAAAAACUCAAGGUCCACAAGAGUUGCAUCCCGUUUCCGAAGCAUUACUGCCCUAAAGUACCACAUCCAGACUCGCCUCGACCAAGUGGAAACUUCCAGAAAAGUUUUGGUUGAUCGAAUAUUGGAAAUUGAUAAAUCAAUGGAAAACCCCAAAGAAGAUGAUAUUGAAAGUGUUAGAUAUUGCCGUGUUUGCCAAGGCGUUGAUGAUGGCCCCACAUGUGUUCAUUGUGAACUAGAAGAAUUGUUCAAGGAUUAUGAAGCAAGGCUAUUUCGCCUCAACAAAGCAGACGGAGAGAUAAUUUCUUCUGCUGAAGAAGCAGUGGAUUUACAAAAAAGAAACACUGAACUGAAUCGUUUCUAUUGGAAUUUAUCACGCCAAGAAAAGAACUCAUUUGUCGCUGGUGACGUAAAUGAAGAAUCAAGGAAGAGAGAUGUUGGGGAAAGAGUAGUGGUUUCAAAAAUGCCCUCGGAACUCGAGGUUGUACUUGGAGUAGUAAAAAGCUAUUGCAAGGCUCACUUAAGCAAGGAACACUUGUCUGCAGCCAACAAGCAGCUUCAUUUACUGGAGGGCAUGAGGAAGGAGUAUGGUUCUGCAAGAUCGUUGGCGGUUGCUCAAGCUCAGUUUCUGCGUGCUCAUGAUGAAAUUAGGAUGGCAACAUCAAGACUGCAUCUAAGAGAGGACGAGAAUGAUAAGUCUCUAGAUGCAUUAGGUCCGGAGGAACUAGAGACAGCUAGCGUCCUACAAUCUAGUGACAAGUUCGUGGCUCUGAAUUUAUUGUCACGUAUUAAAGGAAAGCUUCGGUACUUGAAGGGUUUAGUACAAUCAAAACAGAAAGUUUCUUCUGAAUGUUCAAACACCCCCUUGUCAGCUACAACCUCAGUAUCUGUGUCUACAGAGAGGGCAGGUGAUGGUCUGACUAAAGAUGAUGAAGAAGCAUGCCCUAUCUGCCAUGAGAAGCUAAACGAUAAGAAGAUGGUCUUCCAAUGUGGACACUUGACUUGCUGCAAAUGCUUAUUCGAGAUGACAGAUUCAAAACCGCAGCAGGAUUAUAACAAGUCCCAGCAGCAGCCGAAAUGGGUGAUGUGCCCAACGUGUCGACAGCGUACAGAUUAUGGGAACAUUGCUUAUGUUGAUGAUAGACAGGAGAAAUCUUCCGGGUCAGAUAAUUCACCAACAUCACAAGAUUGUGAAAAGGGUGAAGCAUCCUUGGCUGUCCAAGGUUCCUAUGGUACUAAGCUUGAAGCAGUGACGCGAAGAGUGCUGUGGAUCAAGUUUUCAGAACCCGAUUCCAAAGUUCUUGUCUUUUCAAGCUGGAAUGAUGUCCUGGAUGUGUUAGAACAUGCUUUCAAGGCAAAUGGGAUAACGUAUAUUCGCAUGAAAGGAGGCAGGAAAUCACAUGCUGCCAUUAGUGAGUUCAGAGGGCAGAACAAGAAAAACCAGGAAUCUACUGACGAACAGCAAGAACCCAAAUCAAUCCAAGUCCUACUCCUGCUGAUUCAGCACGGAGCCAACGGACUCAAUCUGUUGGAAGCACAGCACGUCGUGCUCGUGGAGCCACUGCUGAACCCAGCAGCAGAGGCACAAGCAAUCAGCAGGGUGCACAGAAUAGGACAGGAGAAGCGCACUCUCGUCCAUCGCUUCAUAGUUAAAAACACCGUGGAAGAGAGCAUCCACAAGCUGAACAGAAGCAGGAACACGACGACGACUUCGUUCAUAAGUGGGAACACCAAGAACCAGGACCAGCCUAUUCUGACGCUUAAGGACGUGGAGUGUCUGUUUGCUUCUUCAACGCCAGCUGCAGAAGAUAGUGAGAAGAAAACAGAAGAAGAAAAGGAGGCCAGUGAGAGUACUUCUAGCCUAAGGCAGCUGCCGCCAGCCGUGGCAGCUGCCAUAGCUGCUGAGAGGAGACUAAUGCAGAACAGACUUCCAGCCUCAUCUCCAGCUUUGUAGCAUCCGUUUAAUGUAGUUUAGAGGACCAUAAUUAAACAAAAUCUGUACAUCUAGGGAAAUAGAAUCUUUCUUAAAUACAUGACAUUCAAGUAAUGCAAACUUCAAGUUCUUAUAGAUGACUUCCGAUUGAAAAAAAUGUGAGUAUGUAAUAAAAGAAAGAUACAUUAUUCAACCUUUAUCAACAACUCAAAUUAUCGAGAUUAA